CAAAACCGCUUGCCUCGCAGGGGCUGGGCUGGAGGCAGCGAGGCCGCCCGACGCAGGCUUCCGGCGAGACAUGGCAGGGCAAGGAUGGCAGCCCGGAGGCAGGACACAGCCGGGAGCGCGAGCCCGCGGCCUCAGUUCCCAGGCGUCUGCGGGCGCGAGCACGUCGCGACCCUGCCGUGCGCCGGGGCGGGGGGCGGGGCCUCGCCUGCACAAAUAAGGACGAGGAGGCGGGGCGGAUGAUUUCGCGCCAAACUUGGCCGCGGGUCGUGGUGUAUCGAGCGGGCUCAGUGCUCACUGCUGCUGUCAUGGUUCAGUUGCUAAACUGCAUCGUCGCUGUGUCCCAGAACAUGGGCAUCGGCAAGAACGGUGACCUGCCCUGGCCGCCGCUCAGGAAUGAAUUCAGGUAUUUCCAGAGAAUGACCACAACCUCUUCAGUAGAAGAUAAACAGAAUCUGGUGAUUAUGGGUAGGAAGACCUGGUUCUCCAUUCCUGAGAAGAAUCGACCUUUAAAGGAUAGAAUUAAUGUAGUUCUCAGCAGGGAACUCAAGGAACCUCCACAAGGAGCUCAUUUUCUUGCCAAAAGUCUGGAUGAUGCCUUAAAACUUACUGAACAACCAGAAUUAGCAAAUAAAGUAGACAUGAUUUGGAUAAUUGGUGGCAGUUCUGUUUAUAAGGAAGCCAUGAAUCACUCAGGCCAUCUUAAACUGUUUGUGACAAGGAUCAUGCAGGACUUUGAAAGUGACACGUUUUUUCCAGAAAUUGAUUUGGAGAAAUAUAAACUUCUGCCAGAAUACCCAGGUGUUCCCUCUGAUGCCCAGGAGGAGAAAGGCAUUAAGUACAAAUUUGAAGUAUAUGAGAAGAAUGAUUAAUAUAAAUGUGUUUUCUAGUUUAAGCUGUUCCUCCUCCCUCUGAAAAAAAAUUAUGUAUUUUUACAUUAGAAAAAAAGACUUUUUUUCCUUCUACAAGAUCUUAGGGAAGCUUUUCGCUUUUCUCUCUUAUCUUUUUCUUUCCCCUUUUUCUCUCUUUCUGCAAAGAAAAAAAAAAGACUUAUUGACUUUAGAUCUGUGGAUAAUGAUUUCUAAGCAAUGUGUUUGUAUUCCCCACUAACCUUUUUUUUUUUGCUGUACACCACUAUUGACUUUAUAAAUACUUUACACUUUCCCCACUAACCUUGGCUAUAUCAGAUACCAUUUAUGAAACAUUUUUGCUAUAACUAAGUGCCUAUCCAAGACCCCAACUGAGUCCCCAGCACCUGCUACACAGUGAGCUGCCAUUCCACACCCAUCACGUGGCACUCCUGCCAGUCCUUGACAUUGUCGGGCUUUUCAAAUGUUGGUAGUAUUUAUUAAAGAUGAAGAUGCACAUACCCUUCAACUGAGGAUUUUCACUAGUGGGAAAUACUGAAAGCUUCCUGCAUGUAUAUCCAGAGAUUUGUAGACAAAUGUCACAGCCUUGUUUGUAACAGUGAAAAAUUGAAAACAACCUGGAAGUCCA